AUGAGAGCCUUGUGGUUCUCCUCUGUCUGGAAGCCAGUGAGAGGUGAAAGGGAGCCAGAUUCUGGUCCCCCAAACUGGCACCCUCCGGUCACAUCUGCCUCCAGUGAUCUCUCUCCUUGCCAUGGAAUUCCAGGCUUUGGAGCCUCACAAGGAAUACUGUAUCCCUUCACCCUGUUUUCAGGACAAUAUUCUUUCACUGUGAAGUUCAGGAACCGGCUGAUCGUCGAGGAACGGCAGUGCUGCCAUCGCUUCGCCUGCAACACCUGCCCCUACGUGCCCAACGUCACGCGCAAGGUAACGAAUCGGAAGUAUCCAAAGCUGAAAGAAGUGGAUGAUGUGCUUGGUGGAGCAGCUGCCUGGGAGAAUGUUGACUCUACUGCAGAGCCAUGUCCCAAGUGUGAACAUCCUCGAGCCUAUUUCAUGCAGCUUCAGACCCGCUCUGCAGAUGAGCCCAUGACCACCUUCUACAAGUGCUGCAACGCUCAGUGUGGACACCGCUGGCGGGACUAAGGCCAGGAUGGCCCAGCUGCGUCAGCGUCUGCGUGCUUUACUGCCCAGGGUGUAUUCCCAGCUGCGAGAGUGAACUGUGUGUCCUGAGGGUCUUGGCUGGUGUGGUGGAAAGCUGACCCUUUAAUAAGGGUGGCUGCCCAGGGGAUCAGAAGUAUAGCCCGCCUCCCAGUCAGCAGAUUAACUCCUUGAUGUCCAGGAUGUCCAAAUUCUGCCCAUGCUGCGUGUGGACAGGAGUAUCCAUCACUGAGUGCAUCCUGUUUAAGGGCCUGUUCUUCCUCUUUGAUGUUUAUUGGGCAAUUGAU